AUGGUCAUCGAUCGGCAAUGCACAGCCCAGCUGCCCAAAUUUAAUACACCCCUUCCAGAAAUCGGGCCCAGCAACGCGGCAUACAUGUUAUUCACUUCGGGAAGCACUGAGCGGCCAAAGGGCAUUGUAGUUGAACACCAGAAUCUUGCAUCCAGUUCGUUCUCCCAAGGUGGGCAAUUCAAGAUCAACCAGAGUACAAGAGUGUUGCAAUUCGCAGCUUACACUUUCGACAUAAGCUGCGCCGAUAUAUUUAUAACACUCCAGCGCGGCACUACAAUCUGCAUACCGUCCGAAUAUGAGUGUAUAAACGACCUGACCAGCGCUGCUACAAAGUACCGGGCAGACUGGAUGUCUAUCAUGCCCACGGUCGCCCAGCCAAUUGAUCCGGAAUCGAGACUACUAUCUACACUUCAGCUUAUCGCAGUCCUGGCCCUGUCCAAUAUUUCUGGACGAGGCGUCCCUGAGCAUGAACAACUGAAGCCACUGCGAGGAAAGGACAAUCAGGCAGCUAGUGAUCAGAUUGCAACCAUAAGACAGUUGCUGGAAGAACGUCUCCCUGAUUAUAUGAUCCCCACGGUCUGGAUUUGUGUUGAGACGAUGACUCUGACUAGAUAUGGCAAGAUGGAUGGGACGGCAGUUGCCAAAUGGGCUGAAAAUUUUGACCAUGAGGCUUAUCAAGACCUGCUACUAGACUCCAACGAGUAUGAUACGAAAGUAGAGUCUGCGGUAGCUGUGUCGGGUCAGGCCACAGUUAUUCCAACUCUGGCCAGCCAAGUCCUCGGCAUUCCAGUCAUUCCCAUGAACCGCUGCUUCUUUGGACUCGGUGGCGAUUCCAUUACUGCGAUGCAGCUCCGAAUCAAGGCAAGAGCAGCAGGUAUCGACUUGAGCGUUAGAGAUAUAUUAAAGGCAAAAACCCUGUUUGGCAUGGCCGAGGCUGCAACACCUCUCAACUCCAUUUCUCCAUUCCCGAUUGCGGAGAUUGAUGUCCCUUGA